UUCUACUACCAUUCUUAUAUAGUGGUGAAUCAGCAUCUAAGAUAGUACAUACUUCUCUGUUGUUGUAAUUACAUAUACUGCCCUAUGCACUUAUGCACUUCUGCGGCUAUGCCUAGAGAAUAGGGGAAUUGUAAAUACUGGUUUUCCCGACUUUGAGCUCCAGUCAGUGACAAAGGAAUUCGCAAAGCUUCGGGAGCAGCUUCUGGAGAAAGAAGAGGAAAUCGUCGAGUUGAAAGCAGAACGGAGCAACACCAGGAAUAUGGAACACGCCCAGUGCUUCUGCUUAUCAAUCCUUAUUUUACAUCUCGAAUGCCUGGUGUCCAGGCACGAAAGGUCACUUCGGAUGACCGUCACACAGUCGCCAGCAGACAUGUCUUCUGAAGCGGAAGUGCUGAAAGCACUUAAAUCACUCUUUGAACAUCAUAAAGCUUUGGACGAAAAGGUUCGAGAAAGGUUACGAGUGGCCAUGGAACGAGUGUCAUCUUUGGAGGACGAGCUCGCGACCGCAACCCAGGAAGUACUGCAUUGUCGUUUAAGUCAUUAUCAGAAGGAAAAACAUAAACGAGGAAGUGAAGGCUUAUCAGCAGACGCCGUCGGUGUCAAGUCAGGAAGCAGCGGCUCCAGGGCGCAGCUGCUCGAGAUCCAAGAGGCGUACGAGAAGGCGAGCGGUGAGAUCACCGAGUUGGAAGAUGCACUGGCAAACACACAGAAGGAACUUUUGCUGUCACAGGAACUUAUCAUGAUGAGACUUGAUCAGGAGGAGCGAGGGAAUACGAUUGAGAAGCGGUGUCUCACUGCUCAACGAGAAGCGUCAUGCAUUCAAGACUUGAACGAUAAGCUCGAGCAAGAGCUGGCGAACAAGGAUGCGACCAUUCGCUUGGACGAGGAAAAGCUUCGAAGUCUACAGGAGCGGUUGGAACUUGCCGAACAGCAGCUGGCACAAUCACUGAAGAAGGCCAGUUCUCUGCCGUCGGUCGAGGCGGAACUGCAGCAGCGUAUGGAGGCGCUGACUGCAGCAGAGCAGAAGCAUAUGUCGGCGGAGGAACGCAUCAGCCGGUUAGAGCGUCAGCUGGAAGAAAAGAGCGCUGAAUUGCAGCGCGCGCUUCAGCGCGAGAAAAUGAAUGAAGACCACAACCAACGAUUGUCAUCGACGGUCGACAAGCUACUAUCCGAGUCGAAUGACCGUCUGCAGCUGCACCUCAAGGAACGUAUGCAGGCCCUUGAAGAGAAGAACCGCCUGACACCGAACGUAUCAAAGUGCGUUAUUGGACGUUUAAGUAAAGACAAAGAAUCGCUGUUAAUCGAGAUCGACGCUCUACGAAGCCAGCUUUAUGCCGUACGGACCGCUCAGUUUCAGGCAAGGAUGCAACCCCCUUCUACGAAUGUCACCUUUCCAAGAAUCGUCACGACCGCCGUUACCCGUCGCGCCCAAAAGGGCCGCGUUGCCGCGAUUAAGGACGAUAUCACGAAGAUUCAGACGCUAAACGAGCAAGAAUGGGAGCGGCUGCAGCAGGCUCAUGUGUUGGCGAAUGUCCAGCACGCGUUCAAUUUUUCGAUGGCAUCUGACGGUUCAGCGGUUGAUCAGCCACCGCCAUCGGCAGCUCCGCUACUAACACCAAACAUAGCUCUGCCAUGCAUUUCGGCGGCGAUCACGCCUCCGUCCAGCCUUCCUACGGACAUGCUUUCCGCCCAGAACCCUCGAGAAGCACAGACCCUGGCCGCCAUGCUACAAGAGCAGCUCGAUCUUGUGAAUAAGGAGAUCAGGACAGAGUCUGAAAAAUCCAGAAGCGAUGGAUCUCGGCACAUAAGAUUCUCAUUAAAGAUUUAUGGCCAGAGCAUCAGAUUGUUGACUUCUUUACUAUUGAAAUUAUUAGCAUUGCAAGGGAUACGUUACCAUCAUGCGAUGUUGUGA